GGCUGCGGUCGGCCUGAGCAGACAGCAGAGCUUAUCGUCUGGAGAGAGGCAAAUACAGACAGGUAGCUUAGUUCGGGCAUGAAAGAUGGAGAACUCGGCGGGGGGAGAUCGUAUUUUUGCCGCGGAAGCCAUACUGAAACGCCGCGUUCGUAAGGGAAGAAUCGAAUACCUGGUUAAGUGGAAAGGAUGGGCAAUGAAGCACAGCACUUGGGAGCCAGAAGAGAAUAUUCUGGAUGACAGGCUGAUACUGGGCUUUGAGCAAAAGGAACGGGAAAGGGAAUUGCAUGGACCGAAGAAACGGGGACCAAAGCCCAAAAACUUUGUUAUGAAGGCUCGUUCUCAGAAAGGAGAGACCAGCAGCAGAGCCUCAAACUCCCGCCAGAACACACCCCGGUCCUCUUCGUCUACUUCCAGCCGAGCAGCUCCCUCCUCUUCUGCCUCACCCCAUCAUUUACCAUCUUUGUCCUCCUCCUCCUCAACUGUUGCACCCUCUCCUAAACUCAACUCUCUAGCUGCCACUCACAAGCUGAAGAAAGACAUUCACCGAUGCCACCGGAUGUCCAGACGCCCUCUGCCUCGAUCAGAUCCCAUGGCGCCUACAUUCUCCAACCCCAGUGGCUUCCCCUCCCGCAUGCACGUCUCCCCCUUCUCUGAGACGGUCCGCAUCCUCAACCGCAGAGUCAAACCUCGGGAAGUCAAGAGAGGUCGGAUCAUCCUUAACCUGAAGGUCAUUGACAAGCCAGGUAGGGGUGGCACAGCUGCAAGCAGUAGAAAUAUUACAGCAGGACGCCAGAACAUCCCUUCCCGCAAUCGCAUCAUUGGGAAAAAGGGAGAGGCCCCCUAUAGACCUUUCCAACCUCCUCUGAAGAUGCUGGGGUUCCCGAUGUACGGGAAGCCAUUUGGGCUGCAGUGUGGAGGCCCAGUACCUUUCCACUCCCAACCAGGGUCAUGCUCAAGCACAGGGGCCAAGGACAGCCACACCACCCCUUCUCAGUACCAGUCACCUCCUUCUCCCUCCAGCUCCAGUGGCUCUGAAGGAAAAUCUCCCAGCACCACCUCAGCUGCAAAGUCCCAGCCCACCAACAGAACCUCACCUUCCAGCGAGGGUCCCAAGCCCAGUAAACCUCACACAGAGACCCAGAAGGGCCCGAGCGCCAAGCCAUCUGCUCCUGCCCCGUCCUCAGAUGCAGACCCUGUGGCAUCAGCAUCUCCCUUCCUCCCCUCCUCACCCUCAUCUUGCUUGGAAGAUGAAGAGGAGGAGGGUGCUGUGGACAGCUCAGCGCCCACAGAGGGAAGCAGGAAAAGUCUACGCCAACGUAGGGCUAAACGCCAGGUGCCCACCACACUUCCCUCUGUCACCCCUGGGGACCAGAGACCUUCCCCCACUGAACCGAAAAGGGUGCCUGCUGAGGGAGACCCAGACUGGCACCCUGAAAUGGCACCAAGCUGCAAAGAUGUGGUGGUCACUGAUGUCACCACCAACCUCGUCACCGUCACC